AAAGAAUCACUUUACCCCCUCAACUUGGCACAAAAUAUCAAAAAAAUCCAAAAUUGGAAAAUCGGAACAUUUAUAUCCUGAAUUUGUCAAAACCGGGUCAAAAAUACCCCUAUACUGGCGUGGCACCAAUUGGAGAAUGAGUUUCUAAUUAAUCAUAAUUUAAACUUUAAUUAAUGUAAAGGGAUUUUUUUAAAUCUUUUUUCAAAAAUGAAGGAACUGAGCUUACUUCCAGUUCUAGAAACAAAGCGUGUGAGGAGAAUUGCUCAGAUGGCUCCGCCUAAUUUGGUGGUCUAUUCCCACUUGCCAAUUUUCUUCUCUUUUUGAUAUUUUUUUGAUUUCUUGCAUUUUCUUUGACUCUGUCAAUCACCCUUAAAAUGUCUUCUGAAUACGUAAAUAAUUGACUCUGCUCAUUGACUUGGCUCCAUUGAACAUAUUCACGUUUUAGGCAUAAAUUAAUCAAGAACCUACAAAUCUGCAAUAUUUUAUUGCAUUGCUUUCUCAUUCGUUUUCAUACCUCUACUUGUCACUUCACUUGUUCCUUAAUUACAAUUUACAAACAAAACAAUGGCUGAAUCUCUUCUACUCAACCUUGCUCAGAGCGUUCUCGAAAAGCUAGCCUCCCUUGCACUCGAAGAGAUUUUCUUGGCGUGGGGAUUUGCAAGUGAUCUUCAACAAAUUAACAAGCUCUUAAAGACCAUAACAGCUGUGCUUUUGGACGCUGAACUUCACCAAUCACGGAACCUCCGGAUACAAGUGUGGCUCGAGGACCUCAAAUUUGUCCUUUAUGACAUCGAAGAUGUGGUGGAUGAAUUCGAUUGCGAAACAUUGAGAAGGCAAGUGGUGAAAGCAGCAGGGAAUACUAGCAGAAAAGUAAGCCGCUUCUUUUCAAGCUCUAAUUCACUUGCAUUCCGCUUUAGAAUGGCCCAUAAACUAAGGAUCAUUAGGGAGAGAGUAGCUCAAAUUGUUAAACUUAAGUCUGAUUUUGGUUUGACUGAGGGGGUCAAUGAUAGGCAAGUCAAUCGCAGGGAGAGGAAAUCAACCUACUCCUUUGUGGAUGUUGCGACUGUCAUUGGGAGGGACGACGAUAAAAAGAAGAUCUUAGAUCAUUUAUUGAACCAUGUGGAUGUUGAAAAUGUCUCCAUUCUUCCAAUAGUGGGGAUAGGGGGUUUGGGUAAGACUACUUUAGCUAAGCUGGUGUAUAAUGAUGAAAGGGUAAAGAGUCAUUUUGAGAUGAAGGUGUGGACAUGUAUCUCCGAUGACUUUGAUUUGGAAGUAGUUCUUAGAAAAAUCAUCCAGGCUGCCACAGGUCGAAAAUGUAUAGGCUGGGGUAUAGAACAGUUGCAAGCAUUCUUGAGGAAGACUAUUAACAAUAAAAAAUACUUGCUUAUCUUAGAUGAUGUGUGGAAUGAGGACCGCCGGAAAUGGAAUGAAUUGAGAUCUUUAUUGAUGGGGGGUGCUAACGGAAGUAGGAUUCUAGUCACGACAAGGAAAAAUAGUGUUGUCUCAGUCAUGGCUAAUGUUCCACCUUACAAUUUAGAUGAUCUUUCUCAUAAGAAUUGUUUGUCUUUGUUUCUCAAAUGUGCAUUCAAAGACGGACAAGAUGUGAAACACUAUCCAAAUCUACUAAAAAUAGGCGAAGAAAUUGUACGAAAAUGCAAAGGAGUUCCUCUAGCCGUAGUAACAUUAGGAAAUUUGCUUUAUUCUAUCACCAGUGAGCAUGAGUGGAAAUCUGUAAAAAAUAGUGAGAUCUGGAAACUAGAGCAAAAGGAGGAUGAUAUAAUGCCAGCACUAAAGAUAAGUUACGAGCAUUUGCCUUCUUACUUGAAAAGAUGCUUCGCAUACUGUUCAUUUUUCCCAAAGGAUUAUCAAUAUGCUCACUUGGAAUUAAUUCAGUUAUGGAUGGCACAUGGGCUUCUUCAGUCAAAGAAUGAGAAUGAAGAGUUAGAAGAUGUUGGUUUGCAUUAUUUCAAGGAGUUAUGUUCGAGAUCUUUCUUCCAAGAUUUUGUACAAUUGUUUGGUUCAGUCUGUUGUAAAAUCCAUGAUCUGAUGCAUGAUCUUGCGUUAUCAUUGACACAAAAAGAGUGCUCAAUAGUAACAUCAACAACCCAACAAAUACCUGAAAAUGUUCGGCAUUUGUUAUUUGCCAACCCCGAUUUACUUCAAGGAAGUUUCCCUAUGAUCGUACAAGGUUUAGACAGUGUACGAACCAUUGCACCUAUUGUUGACUCCGACUUUAUUAGCCAACCAUUCAUCGAGACAUUGUAUUUGCCAAGAUUUCUAUUUCUGCGGUUUUUGAAUUUGAGAAAUUCAAAAAUAGAGAUACUGCCUGAAGGUAUUGGUAUGCUAAAGCAUUUGAGAUUUGUCAAUUUAGCUGGAUCCAAAAUAAGACGACUGCCUAAUUCUAUUUGCAAGUUACAGAGCUUACAAGCUCUUUGGCUUUUAGGCUGUACUGGAAUUGAAGAGUUACCCAGAGACAUGAGGUGUUUCAUCAGCCUUAGAUCUUUGUCAAUAACCACAAAGCAAAAGUAUUUAACAAACAAUGGAAUAGGAUGCUUGAAAUCUCUUCGAUAUUUGGAAAUUUAUUUGUGUCAAAAUAUAGAAUACCUGUUCGAAGAUAUGCAAGGUCUCACCAGCCUCCGACAACUGUCUAUCAAGCUUUGUUCGAGAUUAAAAAGCUUGCCGCAGAGUAUAAAGUACCUGGCUUCAUUGGAGUUUCUUGUCAUAAAUGGCUGUAAGAACCUUGAUUUGGAAAUGGAGGAAAGCAAUAAUCAACAAGACUUCACUCAAUUCCGCCGCCUUGAAAAAUUGAUACUUGGAUAUCUACCAAAAUUGGUGGAAUUUCCACGGUGGCUUCUCUAUAGUUACACCAACACUCUUCAGUACUUUCGUCUAGUAAACUGUUACGACCUGAAAGAGUGGCCUUCUUGCUUCACUUGUCUUCAAGAAUUACAUAUAGAUAACUGUGGAAGGUUUGCAGCAAGUGAUUGGUCCAGCAUUGCUCUUGUCCCCAAACUUCUUAUCGAUGGAGUUGAGCUACAACCCACAGAAAGAAACUAUCGACCAUCAUCGGAUCCAAAUGUUGUUGUUGACGUUAAUUUGUAAUAUUUACCAACUUAAAUCUAAAGAGUGCAAGUGUGUUUUUGUUUUAAAAUGAUUUUUUUAGUUCAACUGUUCAGUAUUCUUUCACUAUAUUGGUUCCAAUAAAUUUAGAUUAGGAUUGAUUAUAACCAUAUAAAUAA